AUGUCUCCUGUGAAAGAUCUGUGUUGCCGACCCCGCCCAUAUUGUCCUGACAUAUGCCCAGAUCCAUGUGCUUAUGUCUGCAAUGAGCCAUGUGUCACAUCAUGCGGUGACUCGAAUGCAGUGGUUUUUGCACCCCCGGUUGUCGUGAGAUUCCCCGGACCAACUCUCGCUACUUGCCCUCAAGACAGCGUUGUGGGAAGCGUUGUACCAAAUUUUCCCUAUAGAUUAGGGGGUGGCCUUGGAGGUGGCCUUGGUGGUGGUCUUGGAGGUGGUUCUGGGGGUGGUUACGGGGGUGGUUACGGUGGUGGUUACGGGGGUAGUUACGGUGGUGGUUACGGGGGUGGUUAUGGGGGUGGAUUCGGGGGUGGUUACAGGGGUGGAUUCGGGGGUGGAUACGGUUAUUGGCCGCGAUGUGGUAGGAAAUGCUAUGCUAACCGCUAUGAAUGUUGUCCUCCGUGGUAA